CUGGUUGCGUCAUGUCAUACCAUAGUCGUCAUAACUUUGCUAGGUGGCAGAUAACCUUAAAACUUUACUAAUAAUUUCAUAAAAUUUUCCCGUACAAGAUGUUAUAAUAUACUUUUCCUAAAAGAUGGCCACCAGAAAAAAAGACACCAACAUUUGGAAUAAAAAUCGAAAUAGUAAUAAAAGUAGUGUUGGAAAAUUUAAUCCAGCUAAUCAAAAUGUUAAUUCACCAACACCCGCUGAACAGAAAUUUAAAGAAGCGCAAGGAAAAUUACAAGCUGCAAUUCGAAAACACGUGCAGGACUAUGAAUCGUCUUCAGAAGAAGAAGAAUUGGAGUCUGAAAAUAUUAUAGAUGGUAUUGUUAAAAAUUAUACAAGCACCGGAGGAAAAAAUGAAUCCUUGGGGCGAACAAAAGCGUUUUUGAAGGAUUCAUUUUUGUCAGGAACUGCUACCUGCCUUAUAUGCAUAUCCAGGAUUAAACGAGAUGCUGAAGUUUGGAACUGCAAUGAAUGUUACUGUGUCAUUCACCUCAAUUGCAUUCAGAGAUGGUCUAAAGAUACAAUUUACCAACAAAAACAAAUUCAAGAGAGCCCUAUUCAGGUACGUCAAGUAACAUUAACAUGGUGCUGCCCAAAAUGUAGGCGUAAUUAUCAAAUAGAGGACAUACCAGAUCGAUAUUUAUGUUUCUGUGGAAAGACAAAAAAUCCAAAACUACAACCAUUUUUGGUUCCACAUUCUUGUGGUGAGAUAUGUGGUAAAAGUUUAAUUCCUACGUGUGGGCACAAGUGCUUGUUGCUGUGUCAUCCAGGACCAUGUCCACCAUGUCCAGUGACCAUCGCUGUUAGUUGUUAUUGUGGCUCUCAACAACCUGUUACAAGGAGAUGUAGUGAUAAAGAAUGGUCUUGUGGUAAUCGAUGUGGUAAAUUACUAAGCUGUCAAAAACAUAGUUGCUCAGAACCUUGCCAUUUUGGCACAUGCAAACCUUGUCCAAAGAAAAGUUUACAAAACUGCAUGUGUAAAACUAACAGAAAAUUACGUGACUGUGCUACUCCUGAAUGGAGAUGUGAUAAGAUUUGCAAUAAGCCACUUUCCUGUGGAAACCAUAAUUGCUCAGUGAUAUGCCAUGAUGGUGCAUGUGAUCCUUGUCCUCUAACUGAGGUACGAUCGUGCCCAUGUGGCAAAAGUAAAUAUCAGUUGCCUUGUACUGAAGAAACACCAACUUGUCAAGAUACUUGUGAAAAAAUACUGUCUUGUGGUCUUCAUACAUGUAAUCAACGUUGUCACAAGGAAACUUGUGGGGUGUGCCUUGAAAUUGUUGAAAAGGCUUGUAAAUGUGGUCUACAUUCUAAAGAAGUACAAUGUUAUAAACCCUAUUCCUGUGAAACCAAAUGUAAGAGAAUGAAGGAUUGCAACAAACAUCCUUGUAAUAAAAAGUGUUGUGAUGGAAAUUGCCCUCCUUGUGAAAAACCUUGUGCUAGAACCUUAAACUGUGGAAACCAUAAAUGCACCUCAGUCUGUCACAGAGGUUUGUGUUAUCCUUGUAACCAAACAGAAACUGUCACUUGUCGCUGCGGCCAAACGAAAAUUACUGUACCUUGUGGAAGAAAGCACAAAACCAAACCACCUAAAUGUAACCAGUUAUGCACUGUACCACCAGACUGUCAUCAUGAAGCACGAGAAAGACAUAAGUGCCACUUUGGAGAUUGUCCACCAUGUAGACAAAUAUGUAGUAAACAACGUCUAAACUGUAAUCAUUUGUGCUCUUUUACAUGCCAUUCUGCUGUAAUGGUAAAAAUUGAAGCCCAGAAACCAUCUAUGCCUUGGGAACAAACAGAACCUCAAAUUGAACGAAAAUCUUUACCUUGUCCCGCGUGCGAAGAACCAGUAACAGUUACUUGUUUAGGUGGUCACGAAACCAGUGAUUGGCCCUGUCACAGAGCCGUGCCUUCCAGUUGUCAUAGACCGUGUGGACGUUCAUUAAAAUGUGAAAAUCAUAUCUGCACUUUUUCUUGUCACGUGGUUGAAAAUGCGCCUGACGGAAUUAAGGCCGGAAAAAAUUGUGAAGUGUGUGAAAGUCCAUGCACGAAAGAACGACCAGAAGGCUGCCAACACGAAUGUCCGAAACCAUGUCAUCCCGGACCUUGCCCACCUUGUAAACAGAUGCUGCGUAUAAGGUGCCACUGUGGUCUGAAUCAGCCCUAUGUGGCGUGUAGUGAAUGGUUAGUUUUGGAAAAAAGGGAAGAAAUAAAAUGCUGUGGAAACCAGUGUCCCAAAAAUUUUGAAUGUGGUCAUAGGUGUCGAACAAAUUGUCAUUCAGGUCCCUGCCCAAAUUCAGAACUAUGUAGGAGAAAAGUCAAAGUGACGUGUAAAUGUAAACGACUGAAGAAAGAAUUUUCUUGUGAAUUAAUGCGUAGUAAUGUUGCAAAAGUAGAAUGUGAUGAAGUUUGCGCGCAGAAAAAAAGUGAAGAACGAAGACUGCAACAAAUUGUUAGUGAACAGAAACGAAGAGAAGAAGAAUUAAGAAAUGAAAAGGAGUUGGCCAAAUAUAAAAAAUUAUUUGAGAAUAAGAAAAAGGGUCGCGAGAGAAGGUUGUAUGAUGAAAUAGAGGAAGUUAGUUUUAUAAAAAAGUAUUGGUUCAUAAUCACGUCGACCACAACGUUUGUAAUUUCUAUAUAUUUAUUUUAUCUACUUGGCAAUUUUUGAUAGAGAUGAAAUCUAAAUUAAUAGUUACAGAAAAGCCAAUGGGACCGGCCUUUCUUUUAAUUACCAAUUUUUAUGUAGGUGGUUACAUUUGUAGUAAAGCUUUUUUAGACUAGUUGCUAUGUACUUAUAAGAAAUAAAAAUACUUUCAUAUGGUAUAUACAUACACAACUUCUUUUAAGAAAAUGAUUCACACAGAUUUCAUGAUGCAAGCAGUGACAAGGUUUGCAAUGUUUUUUAAAGACACUAUUAGGCGGGUUAUUCAUUGUAAAAGAUAUAAUAGUAUGAUAUAAAUAAAAGACAGAAAAAAAUUA